CGUUGGUGAUUAGCCCAGCUCUACUCUUCUCGGCCUCUGCUUUUAGCUUGUUUUCUUGCAAGCGCGAAAAUGUGAAUUUCGCAAUUCAUUUAAAUUGUCAAAUACCGAGCUCGAAAAGGAGCAAACUUAUUAACAAAUAGAAGGAUCAAAGUUUGGCAGAAGGGUAUAAUCUGGGGAUAAUCUUGUGUAACGCGUGUCCCAGAAACUGCGCAGUAAAAAUCAAUAACUAAGUGGCACGCAUCGAUACAUAAAUGUAAACCGCCCCAAAGUAAAAAGGAAGAUGUCCGACGAGGAGGAGGAUUCCGUGUCCGAGGGCUUCUCGGCCAGCGAGGACGAGUGGAGGCCUAGCAAGGACGCCAAGGGAGGCGAGUCCUCCGACGACGAUGACAGUGAGUUCGAUGAGCUGCAGGCGGAGGGAGGUGCAGCGGGCUCCAGCGGACGAUCCUCCGCGAUUGCGGGAAAAAGAGGCAGCGAUCAGAAGCCGCCAAGUGGCAUUAAGGGUUCAUCCGUGAAGAAACGCAAGCCCACUGGCCAAUCACUGCGCUCCAAGCUGUACAACAAGUAUCGACCGCCUCCAAAAACCUUUCCCACUUCACCAUCUCAACAGGAGAACUCACCCCGAGCUUCGGGUUCAAAAAACGCAAGAACGCCCAAUGAAAGCGGUGUGCGGAAUCAGCACGAUCAUGCUGAUUCCAGCAGCGAAUCCAGUGUGGAAGAUUACUUGGUGAAUCCCGCCGAUCUCGAUCUGCACUCUACCUUCUUUGCCGGCGGCCAGAAGGAGAAAGAGAAGUCGCCGGCGCCCCAAUUCGAUUGCAAUGCGGGCAUCACGAAUCUCUCAGACUCUGGCUCCGGAUCAGAGGACAACAACGAUAGCAGUUUCGAAGAUAAGGCAGGCAAUGCCUUCGACUUUCGCGGUCUCCUGGAGAACGCGAACAGCUUGGAGCGCACUAAGGAAGCCUUGAGCAAGCGGAAUGUUACGGCCACUCCGCCAGGUAGCAAGGCUGCCACCAUGGAUGUCAAUGCGCUGCUUGCAUUGGGCGAGAACCAGAACUACCAAAAAGUGGUGGUAGAUGAAAGUGAGGGAAAUCAGCGAAGAAAGGCGGGAGGAGUACCAGCAGCACCUCCAACGCUGGAUGAACCAUCGCGGCUGAGCAAGACCAAGUCGACGCGGAUAAAGCGACAUACUAAGACGCGGCCCGUGUCCACAGUGGUGGCCAAUGCCGGCGACACCGAUGAUUCCGAUUUUGAGGAAGUGGCAGAUGCUGAUCUGGCCAGUGGCGAGGACGAGGAUGGCGGCACGCCAAACAUCUCUGGAGAUCUUGAGAUCCAUGUGGGACUUCAGAACCUUCGACCCACCAAGGAGCAGAAGACCCAGCACGAACUAGAAAUGGCUCUGAAGCGUCGCCUCAACCGGGACAUCAAAGAUCGCCAGCUCUUACUGCACAAAGUCAGCCUGAUGUGCCAGAUCGCACGCAGUUUGAAGUACAAUCGCUUGCUGAGUGAAUCAAAUGAACUGAUGCAGGCUGCCCUUAAACUACUGCCAAGCCGGAAUGCCUAUCCCACAGAACGCGGCGUUGAACUUAAGUAUCUGCAGUCGUUUGUCACCUGGUUUAAAACGGCCAUCAAGUUGCUGAAUCCCAAUUUAUAUUCCGAGCAAUCGACGGCUAACAAGAAAUCCAUUGUGGAUUCCUUGCUAGAACAGAUCAAGCGCAAGGAAGCUCGCUGCAAGCAGGAUAUGAUCUUCAUAUUCAUUGUCCUUGCACGGGGAAUGGGUAUGCAUUGUCGUUUGAUCGUGAAUCUCCAACCAAUGCCACUUCGUCCAGCGGCCUGUGAUUUGAUUCCCAUCAAACUUAAGCCAGAUGAGAAGAACAAAAGCCAGACGAUUGAUUCCGAGAUGGAGAGUGAGGAGGAUGAGAAGCCCAAAAAACAUAAGAAGGCAGCUAAGGCGGCAGAUUCAAAGAAGGAAAAUGGGAGCAGUAAGUCCACAGUAUCCAAAGAGGCUGAAAAGAAAAGCAAUGAGAAAACUGCAAAGAAAGAGAGUACCAAACCUGACAGUAAACCAUCUUCCAGUACAAAGUCAACAAAAAAAGGUAAAGAAGCAUCAAAAUUAAGUAAAGCUCUGGAGGAUAAAAAUGAGGUAAUAAGAAAUAGUCUCUCCUCAAAACUAGUUGAAAAAUCCAAACAACAGAAAUCCACUAAGUCCAGCAAAUCCGAUACUUCGCUUGAAGUGAAACCAAGUUCCUCAUCCAGUUCCAAACCCCUAAAAAAGGAAACCGAACCUCCAAAAUCAAGUUCAUCCAAAAUGCAAGACAAAAAGGAGUUAAAGCCGAGUCUGUCCUCCAAAUUGGUUGGAAUAAAAAAUCAACAAACAUCUUUUAGUUCCAGUAAAUCGGAUACUUCUUUUGAGGAGAAACCAAGUACCUCCAAGGCCGCUCUUAAUAGUUCCCCACCAGCGACCAAACCUAAGCCUCAAUUGUCCCUGCUGAAAAGGGUAACCACUCAAAGUAUUUCUGGAACGGCUGGUGACAGCAAGAAAUCUAGGAUAGCUCCUUUGGAAACCUUUUCGCCCGUCGCUGGUCGCACCCGUAGAGCCACCGUGAAACCUAAAAUAGAGGAGAAACCACAACAGGUGAUUGGAUCACCAGUAUUACCCAAACUGGUGAUGUCCAAAGUGAAACAGCUAAACAAAAAGCACUGCGAUACGGAGAACGCCAAUCCGGCGGAGAAUCAUCCAAAAGAGCAACACAGCACCGGCGAAACUCGAUCGAGAAGCAAAUCUCCAAAAGUACUCAUCUCUCCGUCUUUCCUUGGGACCAAAUCCACUGCAGUCGAUCCAGUUCCAGCACCGCCAAAGAAUCAUAAAAGUCCUGAAACCAAGGCUCGAAUUUCUCCAAACUUUCUAUCCGAAGCUGUGCCAAGUCGACAGUUACGAAACCGAGGACAAAAAGCCGGUAGCACACUUUCCAUUCCGCAGUUGGAUGGCAGCGAUGAUAUUCCGCUGCCCAAGAAGCGCCCAAAACUGGAGAAGCUGAAAAAUUCUCAGGAUUCCGAUGAGGUAUUCGAGCCCGCUAGGCCGGUGAAAAAGGCCCCUGUACUACCCAAGUCAGUGCAAAAUCUGCGGAAGGAUCGACGAGUGAUGUCCACAGAUGAUGAGGGCGGCUCAAGGGUUAAGCGUCGUUUGGAUGCCUCUGAUAUGUGGGUGGAGGUAUGGUCUGAGGUGGAAGAGCAAUGGAUUUGCAUAGACAUGUUCAAAGGAAAGCUGCACUGCGUGGACACCAUAAGGAAAAAUGCUUCGCCAGGUUUGGCCUAUGUCUUUGCAUUCCAAUCCGAUCAGAGUCUCAAGGAUGUCACUGCCCGAUACUGCACCAGCUGGUGCACCACGGUACGCAAGUCGCGUGUCGACAAAGCCUGGUUGGAUGAAACCAUUGCCCCUUAUCUUGGCAGACGUACAAUGCGCGAUAUAACGGAAGAUGAACAGAUGCGCCGUAUCCAUGCCAACAAACCCCUGCCAAAAUCCAUUUCUGAAUUCAAGGACCAUCCGCUGUACGCUUUGGAACGGCACUUGCUUAAGUUUCAGGGACUGUAUCCCCCUGAUGCGCCCACAUUGGGCUUUAUUCGCGGUGAAGCGGUUUACUCCAGGGAUUGCGUGCACCUCUUGCACUCUCGGGAAAUCUGGCUAAAGAGCGCUCGCGUUGUGAAACUUGGCGAGCAGCCUUACAAGGUGGUUAAGGCGCGUCCCAAGUGGGAUAAGCUCACUCGCUCUGUCAUCAAGGACCAGCCACUGGAGAUUUUUGGCUACUGGCAGACGCAGGAGUACGAGCCGCCUACAGCAGAGAAUGGAAUUGUGCCGAGAAAUGCCUACGGCAAUGUGGAGCUUUUUAAGGCCUGCAUGCUGCCCAAGAAGACAGUCCACCUGAGAUUGCCUGGCUUGAUGCGCGUUUGUAAGAAGCUGAAUAUUGAUUGCGCCAAUGCGGUGGUUGGCUUCGAUUUCCAUCAGGGCGCCUGUCAUCCCAUGUACGAUGGCUUCAUUGUCUGUGAAGAGUUUGGGGAAGUGGUGACUGCUGCCUGGGAGGAGGAUCAGCAGGUACAGGCCCGGAAAGAACAGGAGAAGUACGAGGCAAGAGUGUAUGGAAACUGGAAGAAGUUGAUCAAAGGUCUUCUUAUACGCGAGCGGCUUAAGAAGAAAUACAACUUUUGAAUUUUUGGUCCACCGAUUAUGUUGUUUGUAGCAUUGUUUCGUUUGAAAUGAUUUUGAUUAUUUUUUUGUGCUUGAAACUUAUUUUGAUUCCAAUAAAUUGUGCAUUGCAUUUA